AGGCCCUCCCAGCGCUAGCAAUUUAGCCAUUAGGCCGCCUUUCUUUUUCCUCUAAUCCAACAGCUUUUUAUAUAUAUAUAUAUAAAUUUGGUUGAUGUACUCAUAUAUUCAUACUUUGGUUCCAGGCUCUCUGUUUGACAUGGAGAACUGUCAACCAUUUUUUCCCCCUUCAUCUUCAGCAUCAUCGGGUUCAUUGACUAUGGUGAGUCCUCAAGCUAAUUUUAGUGAUUUUCAAAGUAACAAGUCAAGUGGGUUCCUGGGAUUAAUGCCAGAGAUGAAAGUUCCUGCAGCUGGUUUAAAUUUUAGCAACAACAGCAGCAUGAUUCAGAGCAAAAGUUUUGCAGGGUCUGAAAGUGGCGAGAAUUUAGGAAAGAAAAAGGGGUCAGGGAAGAAGAUAAGCAAGCCUAGAUACGCAUUUCAAACACGAAGCCAGGUUGAUAUUCUUGACGAUGGGUAUAGAUGGAGAAAAUAUGGACAAAAAGCUGUCAAAAACAACAAAUUUCCAAGAAGCUACUACCGAUGUACCCAUCAAGGCUGCAAUGUGAAGAAGCAAGUUCAACGAUUAACAAAAGACGAAGGCGUGGUGGUGACAACUUAUGAAGGCAUGCAUUCACAUCCAAUACAAAACUCUACUGACAACUUCGAGCACAUCUUGAGCCAGUUGCAAAUUUACACUUCUUAUUAACUCCUCACAAUCGAUACAAUAUAUAUAUAUAUAUAUAUAUAUAUAUACACACACACAUGUAUGUAUGUAUGUAUGUAUUGUGUUAAAAGGAGGAAUUUGGACAGUAAAACCUCGGGGGUCUACAAUUACAAAUCAGAUAAAUCAGAGAUAAACUUUAUUAUGAUACAUCAUGUUGGAAUCAUUCAAACACAUUUGCAAACCUUUCACCACUUAAGUUAACCUCCGGAGCCAAUACAAUAUUUUUACUCUUCAUCAAAUGCAGAUUUUGUUUUUAAUGUAAAUUAUGUACUAUUGAAUUUAAGCCACAAAUAAAAUGUGUUGUAGGAAUGAAGAAAUUAUUUACAUUUAACUAAUUAUUCAGAUUGCCUUUGUUUUUA